UUUCCGAUUGAUUGAAUUAUAGAUGUUCCGUCAGUCCAUGGCGUUUCCUCCUCCGAUCCAUGGUUCUGAUGCGCCGCCGCCGCAACAGCCACCGCCGGUGGUGACCGUCAGUGAAACCUCUAGACGGCAGCAACAGAUUGCAGCAGCUUCUUCUUCGCCGGUGAAGUCCCAUCCGCUUCACAACUUCCCGUUAUCUGAUCUCAGAUGGGCUAUGAAUCACGCCAAUACACAUCGGCUCCGCAAGGCAUCAAGUAGAUCUCCGCUUCGUGAACCUAAUCCUGGAAAAGGGAAUCUGGUGAAGGAGGAGGUGAAUGAAGCUUCCGGCUCUUCGUCUUUUGAAUUGAGACCGGAGAAGAGGAAGGGCGAUUCCGCCGCAGAUCGAUCUGGGGCCAAGUCAACGACGCCGGACGGUAGAUCGAAGAUCUUCAUCCGGAUCCGCACGAAGAACAACGAAGAAACAGCUGAUGUCGCCACCACCGCCGUCUCCACUGAUAUCCCUCCCGCCGUCGCCGCUGUCCAUGCGGCUGAUGAUUCAGCUGGUCCGGCUAUCGAUGCUGAUGGUGAACGGAUCUCCGACGGUGGUGGUCAGGAAGCUGAUGACUUUGGUCCCAAGACUUGGAAUUUGAGGCCGAGGAAACCACCGUCGACGAAGAAGCGUUCAAUUGGACACGCCGGUGGGAUAUUGAAGAGCUGUAACGGUUCAUUACCGGAGAACAAACCUCUUGGAACGGUUCGAACUGAGUCAAUUCGAUCCAGGAGCGGUGUAGAUGCUAAGAUGGCGGCGACGACGACAGAGAGGAAGGAGAAGAAACCGAGGUUAUCGAUUUCGCUCUCAAAAUUGGAGAUAGAUGAAGAUAUCUACGCGUUGACUGGAGCAAAACCUAGCAGAAGACCAAAGAAGAGAGCCAAGAAUGUGCAGAAGCAGCUCGAUGUUCUUUUCCCAGGUUUGUGGAUGGGUAACGUUUCUUCGGACGCUUACAAGGUCUCGGAACAUGCUUGAAAGGAUGAUGUGAAGUUAAUCUUGUUGAAUUGGCUUCGACGGAAACCAGAUGGGGGCGUCGAAGAAGUCCUUUCCACAGAUUUGAGGUAUAAAAGUGUUGAUGACUGGCGUUUAAGCAUUCUAAUUCAAAAUCCUGAUUUGGUCGAGACUAGAGAGUGAGGGUCAUUAGAGUAUUGGUGAACUGGGAAUGAUUCGUGUCUUUGGCUUCAUUGCGCUGGACUAGUGAAUACUCUGUCUCCUGCUGUCAGUUAAACUUCCAACUUCAGCUUCAGAUUCUGUCCUAACCGGCGGCAGUAUAAAAUGUGAACCAGAAUAGUUGUGAUCCAGCCAUCUUAGUUGUUGCCACUGAUGUGAAUUGAUACGGCCUUUUGUUUGUUUAUUCACACUUAUGUCUCUGGGGACUCUCUUUUGUAAGAAGAAGAUUAGUGGAUAGCCUGACCUAUUUGUAAAGGUGGAAAAUAAAAGAAGAAUUAUCAACAUAAUUUAUUUAUUUCAUUACUAAA